GGUUCACCAUGCUAGAACGCGGAACCGACGUCUUUGCGGGUUACAAGAUCAGCUGUUCCGAAGCCGAGAGAUGGGCGCGGAAGCAUCGCUGGCUGACGGACGACACUACUCCCGCACCCACGGCCAUCGCUCUUGCCUGGCACCGCGCUGGCGCAGACGACCGCGCCACCAUUAUCCCGACCGACUGGCCCAAGGCGCUGCUCAGACGGAACGCCAACGGCGAAGACGAGUUCGCUCGCCGGGGCACGCCCAUCGUCCUCAUCGCGCGCCAAACACGGUACGACCCAACCGCGACGUCGUCCACCUGCCAGCCGAUGGAGGAGCGCGAGUCCGACCUCAAGUUCAAGGCGAUACUCGAGAAGGACGGUCUCAAGCCGAAGUGGGUGACCGUUCCCGAUCCGUGGUUCUACCUUCCGUCGGACUAUGUCCGACCCAAGCCGACGACGAGCCCCUCGUCCGAGCCCGAAGCCGCGGCCGCAUCAUCUGCCCGGUCUCUUGUUACAGCUUCCACGGCCUGACCACAGCUG